UCUGGAUCACUCCUCCACUACUGAGUACUCACUCACUCCCUCAGCCACCACCGCCCCACCAGCCAUCAACCACCACCAAACCAAGGAAGGCCACGAGACACAGGCACACAGGACGAGCAGCCAGAGCCGCCAGCCAUGCGGGGCGGCUGCUACGUGGGCAAGGCCACCAAGAUCUUCCUCGCCCUCCUGGCCGCCCUCGCCGUCGUCGGCGUCGUCCUCGCCUUCCGCGCCGUCCUCCACCGCGCCGCCAAGUCCAGCCCCGCCUCCGCAUCGUCCGCGUGCGCCGCCGCCGACGCGUGCCAGCCCGUCCUGCCCGACACGGACCCCGCAUACCGCUCGCCCGCCACGGCCGCCCGCCCGCCGCCCACGCCCACGCCCGCGCAAGAUCCCGCCUUUCCCUCCCCGGACGCCGCCGCCUGGCCGCCGCCGCCCUCACGGCCGACGGCUGUGCCCGACACCCCUCUGUCGCCGCCGCCGCCGCCGGUGCCCGUGCUCCAACCUCCCGAGCAGCAGCUGCCCGCGCCGGCAUUCCAGUCACCGCCGCCGCCGGUGCCCGUGCUCCCACCUCCCGAGCAGCAGCUGCCCCCGCCGGCAUUCCCGUCACCACCGCCGCCGCUGGCGGAGAUCGCGUCGCCACCGCCGCCGGACCAGCUGCUGCCGUCACCUCCACCACCUGCGUUGCCGUCGCCUGAUGCGCCGCCGCCCGCCCCAGAGGCGCCCAGCCCAACGGCGUCUUGACUCAAUCGUAGUCGUAGAUGCCGACUGCUUCAGUCUCAGAGCAGGGCAAUAGCUGUGGAUUUGGUAGAGGAGUUUAGCCGCCGCCGUCUGCUGAUGUACUGUUUCUUCAGUUUAUCCUAUAAUUAAUCCAUCUCUAAUUCAGGUGCAAUUUUGUUGAA